AUGUCUCCUUCUUACCAUCUUGUACACUUAAAUACAACCCAUUCGAAGUACAGGUUAUGGCUAUAUAGAGAAGUAGGAUGGGAUGCUGAUGUCGUACGUCCCCUCACUGCCUCCCCCACCCCCACUCCCACUCACUCGCUAACGCUCGCUCGUCAGCCUACAGGCCAUCCCGUCCUCUUCCUCCCAGGCAACGCAGGCUCAUUCAAACAAUCCCGCUCCAUAGCCUCCUCCUCCACACGUCAAUACUUCCUUUCCCCCUUCACGCGCUCCCCCCACUUCCCCUCUUCCUCGAAACAGCUGGACGUCUACGCCCUAGACACUGCAGAAGAACUGAGCGCAUUUUCUGCUUCUCUCUUGCGUGCGCAAGCGGAGUACGCAGCGCACGCUGUCCGAUACCUGUCAGCCAAACAUGGGACCGACGUGUUCCUCGUAGCCCAUUCCAUGGGAGGGAUCGUCGCCCGUCUCCUGCUUCCCCAGGUCCCAGGUCUGGUAAAGACAGUCAUAGCCCUGUCAACGCCGCACGUCUUCCCUCCGCUGCCGAUAUCCCGCGCUCUGGAACAGCUCUACGCCCCGCGGCCAUUACCGAGUGACCGAGCUCUGCGCUUCCUGGCCCCCCCUCCCUCCCCCGCUUCCCCAAAACCCGGCCUAGCCCUCACACAAUACCCGACCUCAACCCCCCUCCUCUGGACAGGAAUAGGACACAAAGAGAUCGUCUGGUGUCAUCAGCUUAGGUACAGGGUUGCACGGGUGUUGUUGGAUUUGCAGAGCGUGGGAGGGGUGCGGGAGAGAGGGAAGGUGGUGGGGAGGUGGUUUGACGAGGAGGGGGCGGGGGAGCUAGGCGAGGGGCGGACGGGGGAGGGGGAGGUGGUGCCGGCGGUGCUUGCUGCUGAGGGUGGGGAUGGGGAUGAUGAUGAUGGUGAUGGUGACGGAACUGGAAAAGUCCACGGACCAGGGACGUUCACCUACUUCUACCAUCUCACCCUUCCUCUCUUCCCGCACGCCUGCAGCUCAAGCUCAAGCUCAAGCUCGAGCUCGAAGUGCACCCCCCUCCUCCCAUCAAGGCGACGCCUCCUCCCCUCCCCUCCCCCGGGCGAGCCCUGGCCCCGCCCAGGCUAUGGCGUCGCGGAGGGGGAAGGGAUGGUGUACGAAGAAAUUGACCUGGGGGAGGGGGAGGAACUUGGAUUUCGAGCUGGAGCUGGAGCUACCGGGGAGGGGGCGGUGAGGGUGAGGGUGAGCAGGAAAUGGGAUUCCCAAAUUAUAAGCUCUGUAUCCCUCUUCCGCGCGCUAUUCCCUUCCCGUAUCCUUAUCCCCCCUGCUGCAAAAGGAGCACAGUAUCUCAACUUCCUGUUUCCUAACCUGCCGGUGCACAGUCUGCUGGUGUAUACGGCACAGGUCGAGUUCGACUUCCCCAGCCCGCCAGCGUUGGGCUCGCCAGUAUCGGGCUCACAAGCACUCCUCUCCUCCCCCCCGGAAGGUCAUUUCUCCCCCAUCCCCAUCCCCUUUCAAGCCUCCCAACCCGCCUAUUUCCCAUCACACAAAACCGGCCCUUUCCUCCCCUCCCCCCACUCCCAGGGUUUAGAGCUCGAACUCUGCCUCCCCUCCCCCCCCUCCACGUCCUCCCCCUCCCACUCCCACUCCCCAUCCCAGUACCCAUCCCAGUCGCCAUGGCCGACCAGCAUCACCCUCCGACUCUCGGUCCCAGCUUCCCUAGCCCGCGUGCUUCCUAGGUACCGGAUCCUCCUCAUCUCCUGGCACGCAGCCAUCUCCGCCCUCCUGGCCCUCCUCCCCCUGCUCGAGGUCCCAUAUCCCAAACCCACGCCCUACCCCUCCCAAACGCACUCCUUCCUUCUCUUCCUCCGCUUUUUUCCGGCUCUCGCACUCCUCCUCUGGGGAGGGGCGCUCCUCCCAUUCACCAACCUUUUCCUAGGCACUCGGCUCUGGCUGGCGAGCGUUCUGACCCCUAUGCUUUUGGCGACUGCUACUUUGUUGGUUGCGGUUUCGUGUGUGCUCUUGGGGGCCGUUACGAGCGUUGUUGCAGCAGUACUCUGGUUGUGGUACAGGAGCUUUCCACCCCGCCCGUCCAGAAGAACCCGCUUCCGCUCGCGAGCGUACAUCUCCCUCUCCCUCUCCUUCCUCUUCCUCCUGCUCUGGUUCCUCCCAGGCCAGUUCUUGCUCUUGCUCGCUUUUUUCCUUCAGGUGUUUGUUGUCGCCCGGGCGAGGACGAGCUGCUGGUCGUCCUCUUCUGCACAACCGGACUCCAACCCCCCCAACCCCAAAUCCAACCCCAAAUCCAACCCCAAAUCUAAUCCCAACCCCAAAUCCAAAUCUAAUUCCAAAGCCAAUUCCAAAGCUAAAGCCAAAGCCAAAGCACACCUAUCCCAAUCCUCACACACCCUCCUACUCCUCUUCUCCCUCUUACCGCUCACAGCCCCCACAGCCAUAACCUGGGCUCGCGCGCUCCCUCUCUCUCUUUCCUCCUUUUCAUUCUCCUCCUUCUCUCUACCAGAAGAAAGGGACCCAUUAGCAGUGCUUUGCGUCCUUCAAGCUCUUUCUGCUGCUCUCUCUCCCCCUCUCUCUCAGCCGGCCUCCGCAGGCAGCAGUAUGGGCCGAACAACCCAGCCCUGGCCCUGGCCCUGGUCCUGGUCCUGGUCCUUGGCCUGGGGGUGGAGGGCGCGGAGCCGGGGACGGGGGAUGAUAGCUCUGCUAGGAGGAGUAGCGGGGGUAGGGUUCGUAUGGGGCGGAAGGUGGGCAUGGGCAGUGCAGAUGGGGGUGGAGGUUGUUUUGUCCCUUGGGCUGGGGCUGGGGCUGGGGCCGGGGGAGUGGGAGGGGGAGGAGGAGUGGGAGGAAGAGUGGGAGGGGGAAGGGGACAAAGUAGAGGGAGAGGGAGGGAAGGGAAGGGAAGGGAAGGGAAGAGCGAGGGAGAGGGAGAGGAGAUAG